CUGCGUGAUGUGAGGCCCCAAGGAUCCUGUGGACUUGGGAUGGCUGCACAAGGCUUUGCCUGGACUGUGGUGCUGAUUUUCUGCAGCCAGAAGCUCUUGGGAAUGGUUUCCAUGGAGACAGGAUUGUCGUUAGAGGUGUCUGGACGGGUAAAGCGUGGCUGGGUGUGGAAUCAGUUCUUUGUGGUGGAAGAAUAUACAGGGACAGAACCACUUUAUGUGGGGAAGAUUCAUUCAGACUCGGAUGAAGGAGAUGGUUCCAUUAAAUACACGAUUUCUGGAGAGGGAGCUGGUUCCAUCUUUAUCAUUGAUGAACUGACAGGAGAUAUACAUGCCACAGAGCGUUUGGAUCGGGAGUACAAGACCUUCUACACCCUCCGUGCCCAGGCCAGAGACAGACACACGGAUAGACUACUUGAGCCGGAGUCUGAAUUUAUCAUUAAAGUGCAGGACAUUAAUGAUAGCGAACCACGGUUUCUUCAGGCCCCAUACAUUGGAAGUGUCCCUGAGCUAUCUCCUGUUGGAACAUCUGUAAUGGCAGUAUCCGCAUUCGAUGCAGAUGACCCAGCUUAUGGAAGUAGUGCAAGAGUGGUGUAUAGUGUCUUGGAGGGGGAGAAGCACUUCACUGUGGACAGCAAGACAGGUGUUAUCCGUACAGCAGUAUCAGACCUUGACCGGGAGUCUCGGGACCGAUAUGACCUUGUGAUACAGGCCACAGAUAUGGCUGGACAGCUGGGAGGGCUCUCUGGGUCAACCACAGUCACCAUCGUGAUCACUGAUGUCAAUGACAACCCACCUAGGUUCCCCCAGAAGCUUUAUCGGUUUAGUGUAAUGGAGACUGCUCCUCCGGGCUCAGUGAUUGGUCGUGUAAAAGCAGAGGAUGCGGAUGUCGGUGAGAACACAGACAUGUUCUACCAGAUCCAGCAGCAGCAAGAGGCGUCAUCAUUCUUCAGUGUUACUACAGAUGCAGACACCCAGGAGGCGAUCCUCAGCAUUCUGCAGCCUCUGGAUUUUGAGACCCAGAAGGAGCACUCCUUGGUUUUAGAAGCCCAGAACCGGUUUUUGGAUCCUCGCUUCUCUGAUCUGGGGACUUUUCGGGAUCAAGCAAUUGUGAAGGUGUCAGUGCUGGAUGUUGAUGAACCUCCUAAAUUCCACCCUCUGAGUGGGAUCAUAGAAGUUUCAGAGGAUGCGCAUAUUGGCUCUGUCAUAGGGAUAAUCACAGCUACUGACCCAGAUAAAGCAAACAACUCCAUCAGAUACACACUGGACAAAACCUCUGAUGAUGGGAUUUUUGAAAUUGAUGAAGAGUCUGGUGAAAUCAGGAUAACCAAAACCCUGGACCGUGAAACUUCUGGGUGGCACAAUCUGACAGUGCAGGCCAAGGAAGCAGAUUACCCAGAAAAAGUUUCACUUCUCUCCCUGAGGAUACGCAUCCUGGAUGUAAACGAUAAUCCUCCAGAGCUGGCUACACCUCAUGAAUCAUCUGUUUGUGAAGAUGCUCUUCCAGGGCAGCUGAUUCAGACUAUCAGUGUGGUGGAUCGAGAUGAACCAAUGGGGGGUCAUCGAUUCUACUUCAGGCUUGCUCCAGACCCCAGCGCCGAGCAUCACUUUACUCUGCUCAAUGUCAAGGAUAACACAGCUUCUGUCCAUACACAUCGAAUGCCAUUUGACAGAAGGGAGCAGGAUAUGUUUAUCUUGCCGAUACUGGUUGUCGAUGGUGGUACUCCAGCUUUGAGUAGCACAGGAACUCUUACCAUUCGAGUCUGUGGUUGUGACAGCACAGGGGCAGUGCAGUCAUGUAACACAACUGCCUAUGUGAUGGCCGGAAGCCUGAGCCCUGGAGCACUUAUUGCCUUGUUGGUUUGUGUUCUGAUACUUGUAGUGCUGAUUCUUCUCAUUCUGGCUCUAAAGCGACACCACCAAGGUCAUCUUUCAUCAGAUGAAGAUGAGGAUAUGAGGGAUAACGUCAUCAAGUACAAUGACGAGGGAGGUGGAGAGCAGGACACAGAGGCAUACGAUAUGUCAGCUUUGCGUAGCUUGUACAAUUUCAGCGACGGCAGUGAGGCUGGAGGGGACAGUACUCUUGCUACUCAGCGUCACCCCUUGCCUCAGUGGUUUCCAGGAGCUGAACUUGACUUCUCACUCUUCAAAGACUACAUCAGUAGGAAAGUGAGGAUGGCAGAUCAGGACUCCUCAGUGCCUCCUUAUGAUUCCUUCCAGACUUAUGCCUUUGAGGGCUCAGGCUCCAGUGCUGCAUCUCUCAGUUCAAUCAGCAGUUGGUCUACAAGUUCAGAGCAAGACUUUUCUCAGUUGGGUUCUUGGGGUCCCAGAUUUCGCCAACUGGCUGCUCUGUAUGCAGGACACAAGGGACAUGAAGAAAGCCAGAGCUCCUAG